AGGUUCAAGAGUGUUUGAUCCGACUUUUAGUUUUUUCGUUGACAGAUCUGACAGGUUUUAUUUACAUUUAUAUAAGGAAAUAGCGAAGAAAAUUGUUAAGUCAUCACUUUAAACAAUUGAAUUAAACAAGUUUUAAGCAACAUCCUACCUUACAGAAUUUUGGCAAGUAAAAUAAAAUAACAAAAGAGUUAACAUUAAAGAAUUCAUACAGAAUCAAUGACAGCAAUUGCUCAAGCAUCAAAAUAUUCGAAGUAUUAAACUUAAAAGAAAGAUCGUAAAUAUAAACAAUCAUAUAACAGUUCUUUACAAUUUGAUGCUGUACAUUCGUUCUGGACAUAAAUAAGAAUAUUUUAUCGAUGUGUGGAUUAUCAAAAAAAUGGUAAUAACUUCUUUUGAGAAAAAUUUUCGCUUAAAAAGAAGCUCAUUUCUGGGGUGUGCUGGUACUGCGUAAUUAUAUGAAACUCUAUUUUGAAAACAUUUGGUUUCAUUAAUAACAACGUAUAGCUGUAAAUCUGAACUUUUGAACAAAGCAGAUUCAGAAAAUAUAAAUUAUAGUGCUAAAGCUAUUAAAGUUUCUAAAUCGACAUGGUUUCUCUUACCUACUUUUGGAAUUCGUAAAUUCCAUUGUUGGAGAAACUUAAGGCGUUGAUCAUAAAUUUGAGGAGGAGCUGUGCUGGAGGAGCAAUAAGGUUUUAUGUUGAAAAGCAACAAAAGUUUCGCUGUAUGAACUUAAACCUACAAUAUUUUUAACCGCGUUACCAACUACUGUUUCAUUAAGUUUAGAAUAAGCAUCUUACUAUUUGAUAGCAACUCUGAUAUUAAGACGUUUUGUCUCAGUCUCACGAAGGUUAUUUUUUACACAAAACACUAUGUGUAAGAAAAGUAAAGAUAGACCAAAGGGAUAUGAAGCAAAAUAAUUGUUUUUCAUUGAAAAUUCAUGGAUAUUCUUUGCCAAGUGCAAAUGUCGACGUCUUUAUUAUUUAAACAAUAAAGAGUAGAAAAGUAAAUAAUUGAGAAUUGUUUUUGCUUUACUAAUUAAUCACAGAAUAAGUGAAUUGGUAACGUUUUGUUUUUUUUACGGUGAAAAAUCUUUUUUAACGACAAGUGAAAUUGGGCAGGCCAGAUUGCAAAGAAGGAAACAGCACCGCAUUGGCUGAAGCAGCGGAAGAAGAAGAAACUCCCGUCUGCUGCUAUUGUAAGCAGCGUCAGCGCCGCGGCUGUGGCAUACGAACACCCAACCCCGACCCCGGAAUCUUAAGAGUGUAAAGAUGGCGACCAGUCGUACUAGUCGCAUACAACAAACCAAGAAUAUAAAUUCAUUCUUUUCCAAGAUUCAGGGUGCAUUUUCAGAGGCAUGUACACAGCAGCGAUUAUCCACUGAUAAGAAAACAUUAGAGAAAACCUGGAAAUUAAUGGAUAAAGUUGUGAAAUUGUGUCAACAGCCCAAAAUGAAUUUGAAAAACAGUCCUCCCUUUAUACUGGAUAUAUUACCGGAUACGUAUCAACGACUGCGUCUCAUAUAUUCGAAGAAUGAAGAUCAGAUGCAUGUCUUACAUGCCAACGAACAUUUCAAUGUGUUCAUAAAUAACUUGAUGCGAAAGUGCAAACAAGCCAUUAAAUUGUUCAAAGAAGGGAAGGAGAAAAUGUUUGAUGAGAAUUCUCAUUAUAGAAGAAAUUUAACAAAACUUAGUUUAGUAUUUUCUCAUAUGCUCAGCGAACUAAAGGCAAUUUUUCCAAAUGGAGUAUUUGCUGGUGAUCAAUUUAGAAUCACAAAAUCCGAUGCUGCAGAUUUUUGGAGAGUUAACUUUGGAAAUAGUACUUUGGUUCCGUGGAAAAUAUUUCGGCAGGAAUUAACCAAAGUGCAUUCCAUAUCAUCUGGCCUUGAAGCAAUGGCGCUAAAAACAACAAUAGAUUUAACAUGCAACGAUUACAUUUCAAAUUUCGAGUUUGAUGUCUUUACACGAUUAUUCCAACCGUGGGGGACGCUCCUUCGUAACUGGCAAAUACUUGCUGUUACACAUCCCGGUUAUGUUGCUUUUUUGACCUACGAUGAAGUUAAAGCACGAUUGCAGCGUUACAUUCAUAAAGCGGGUAGCUAUGUGUUCAGAUUAUCGUGUACCCGCCUUGGUCAAUGGGCGAUAGGUUAUGUUACUGCUGAUGGCGAAAUUUUACAGACCAUACCACAGAACAAAUCCCUGUGUCAAGCUCUACUGGACGGACACAGGGAAGGCUUUUACUUGUAUCCAGAUGGACAAAGCUGUAAUCCUGAUUUAUCACAAGCUGUUCAAAGUCCUACUGAAGAUCAUAUCACAGUUACACAAGAACAAUAUGAGUUGUAUUGCGAGAUGGGUAGCACAUUUCAAUUAUGCAAAAUUUGUGCCGAGAAUGAUAAGGAUAUACGCAUAGAACCGUGUGGACAUCUACUAUGCACGCCCUGCCUUACAUCUUGGCAAGUUGAUUCGGAAGGACAGGGUUGUCCAUUUUGUCGAGCCGAAAUAAAAGGAACUGAACAAAUUGUAGUAGACGCUUUUGAUCCGCGUAAACAGCACAACCGGAAUUCGACAAAUGGUCGUCAACAGAAUACCGAUGACGAUGACACAGAGGAUGGUGCUGACUUCAACAUCGCCACAUCAUCGCUUCACGCACUGAGCAACAGUAUGACCACGACUUCACCUGCCACGGACAAGCACAGUCCACAUACAUCGCCACGUUUCGCUCGACGCAGCACCACUCCCAGCGUACUUGCCGUACAGAAUGACUUGUAUGCUGGCCAUGUACCGAAUUUGACAUUGGCAAACUCGAGUGCCAGUAAUUACAUAGUGGCCGCCAGCGCAUCUGCUAUAUCCAGCGCCAUACUUUCACCACAACCUGCAUCCACUACAACGUCAAUGAAUACGCCUAAUUGCGGAAAUAGUAAUGCAAAUGUUGCUAGCGCGGCUCAAAAGUCUACCAAUAGAAUGAGCGCGCCACCUAUGGGUACGAGCUCUGUCCAUAAUGGGGGCAAUACUUCUAGCAACUAUGUCACCAGAAUGGCAACAAGCAAAUCUGAACACAACGAUAAUUCAUCGUAUGCAAUAUUACAAGGUCUGCAAGAACCUAUGGUCACACAAACACAGCAGCAGCAGUCAACCGGACCACGUCACGUGGCACCACCUUUGCCCCCGCGAAAGUCUUCACCAGGGGUCGACAAUAGUUUUACAACAAUUAUUACUACAAGCGGGGUCACAACGCCAGUUGCAACUACUACAAGCGCAAUAAGCAACAAAUCCAGAGGGCAGUCUACAGCUUCAGAUAACAGCUUAUCGUCGAACAUUGAGGGUGCUGCUGCACCACCGCAGACAGUUGCGCCACCAAUACCGCCGCAUGGUAACUUGAUCAUGGUUGAUAGUACUGUGGAAGAUUUAGGAACACAGCAAAUCACUACAACGACCACAGCAACAAUUACGCAUUCCGUUUCAACACAAUCAACACCUGGCUCUGUAUCUGCAACUACGCCCACACGCUCUAUACUCGACGACGAUAUAGUCGGUCCUGCAGAGACCAUUAUGGGCGUAAUUGAUACAAGACCAUUAGAAGCACGUUUGGCCACAUCAGCGAGGAUAUUAGAGCCGACAACGGUAAAGAUGUCGAACGCUCCACAUUACACGCAAAUUUGUAAUGCCACAUCGUCAACGCAACCAAAUGUAAUUCCAACAUCACUAUCCAGUGGGGCGACUGUAGCAUUGCCCGCAACGGUGGGCUUACAACGAACUCAACAACAAACAUCACAAUCAACCCAGCAGCCAUUGAAGCAGCAACAGCCUUUACUUUAUGAGAACGUGUCGCUCAAUCAAAAAGAUUGCAAUGUACCAUAUGAAAACAUAAACUUGGAAUACAUUGCACGACUUGUAAAGGAGGGCUACACCAAGGAGAACGCCAUUACAGCGCUGGGAAUUUCCCGAAACAAUAUUGAGAUGGCUUGCGAUAUUUUGAGGGAAUUCGUAUCAAAAAGCACUGUUUGAAAUGGACGAAGUACAAGUAUGGAGUAUGCUAUUAUAUAAUAUAAAAUCUAGUGCGCAUUGAAUGCAAUAUAACUUACACUUAUACAAACAUUACGAUAGACAUCAUAUUAGUCUCUAAUAAAUAAAAAUUUAGGCAUAGCGUUCUGAAAAUUAGUGGAGCCAUUGACCAUUACUUGGCAAGAUUAAGUUCGUAAUGAGAGAGGGAAUUAUUAUAUUCUUUAUAGAUUGAAUAAUUCAAAGGAUUUUAUUUUCAAGUUGAACUAAUAAUGUUUUGUUCAUUUUCGUUAUACAUAUAUAUAUAAAAAACUCGUAUGCAUAAAUAUGAUAUUAGAUCCAUUCUUUCAUUAGCCCAACGCAAAAGAAAAGAACGUGAGGAAUGCCGGAAAACUUAAAUCUUCGAAGAAGUUUCUUACUUUCAAAUAAAAACGUGUUACAAGUUUUAGGGUUUUUUUUUGUUUUUGUAAAUAAUUAUUAAAAACUAGUCACACAUGAGAACCACUUGUCACAUAUCUGACAAGGGUGGUAAGCAAUGGGAAGGCGUGGCUAUCAUAAAUAUGCGUAUUAACUGUAUAACUUUAGUUCUGGAAUUCAUAACUGCAAAAGCAUUCGCGUGCAUUGCCACAAUCAUAAGCAAUCCUCACAAAUAUUCAAAACGAAAAAGUGAAAUAAUGAUCGAUUAGAAGAAAAUUUGAAAUCGUAAGCGACUAGGAAUUAACCAAUCUACUAUGAAUAUAGUUUUGAAAUUUUAAUUAUAACAGUAUAUACAAACUUAACCCAAUACAUACACACAUUUAUAACAUAUUUAUAGCAAUCCAAUUACAUACAUUUAAAGGUAAACUCAACUAUUAUACUGUAUACAAAAAAGUUUAAAAUUAUUUAUAAAUGCAUAUUCAUA